AUGCGUCGCGAUGGGCCAACAGAUGCGCCUUCGUCGACGGAGUCACGGGCCGCGCGCUCACGUUCGCUCAGGUGCAUUCAGGCGACACUCCCUAGGUGCAUUCGGGCGACACUCCCUAGGUGCAUUCAGACGACACUCCCUAGGUGCAUUCAGGCGACACUCCCUAGGUGCAUUCAGGCGACACUCCCUAGGUGCAUUCAGGCAACACUCCCUAGGUGCAUUCAGGCGACACUCCCUAGGCGCAUUCAGGCGACACUCCCUAGGUGCAUUCAGGCGACACUCCCUAGGUGCAUUCAGGCGACACUCCCUAGGUGCAUUCAGGCGACACUCCCUAGGCGCAUUCAGGUAGACGAGCUCGUGUACAACAUCGCUGCUGGCAUCACCGAUCUUGGUAUCCGGUACUGCCCUCCUCUGCUGCUCUACUCUCCUCUGCAAUCCUCUGCUCUGGCAACCAUCCUCCGUUUUAUCCAUUAUCCCUUUCCUCCUCAAUUGUCUCCGCCCGCCACUUUUCUUUCCGAUCUGUGCACCAGUUUUUGUCAUGCUCACUCCCCUUCUUCAGCAUCCCUAUGUGCACCUUUCCUUGUUUGGAAUGAUAACAGCAACCCUUCUGCUGUCCAGUCCAACCUCCGUGCGCCACUCCUCUUCAACCUGCUUGUGUCUCCCUCUCUCUCUCCCCCGUGCAGUCCUAGCGAGGCCCUGCGAGCUGCGGCUGCUCCUCAGCAUGACCAAGUCACCAAGCACGCUGUGCUCUCCCUCAGAAUCAUCACAGCACCUCACCUCCCUCCCAUCUCCUGCUACCACCCCCCCUGCUUUCCGUGCAGCCCUGGCGAGUCGGUGCUGCUGCUGCUCCCCAACAUGCCCGAGUACGCGGUGCUCUUUCUCGGGAUCAUUGCAGCGGGUGCGGUGGUAACCACCGCCAACCCCGCCUACAGUGCUCGCGAGCUGGCACACCAGAUGGUGGACGCAGGGGCGCGCAUGGUCAUUACCUCCCCCGACCUGCUAGAGAAGGUGCACCACGUCAGGACAGGCCAGUCCGUCGUCUUUGUCGUCAUCAAUAACGACAACAGCAGCAACACUAACAGCAGCACUAACAGCAGCAGCAGCUCCAACCCCCCUGGCACCAUCAGCAUUGACCGCUUGCUCCUAACAGCAGCAGGAGUGCUUCCCUCCCAGCACGACACGUGUGCGCUGCCCUACUCAUCAGGCACGACGGGCGUGUCCAAGGGCGUCAUGCUCUCCCACCGCAACCUCAUAGCCAACGUGCAGCAGCUGCUGGCGGGGACCAACCCGCGCCUGGACCUGUCCCCUCAAGACGUGGUGCUGGGGCUGCUGCCCAUGUUCCACAUCUACGCCAUCACCCUCGUCAACCUCCUCUCGCUCCGUGCUGGCGCUUGCGUCGUCACUCUCCCCAGGUUCGACCUGCACCAGUACCUGCGAACUCUACAGGACCACAGAGUGACCGUGGCGCCCAUCGUGCCGCCCAUCAUCCUAGCCAUGGCAAAGCUGCCCCUCGUUGACUCCUUUGACCUCUCCUCCCUGCGCCGGGUUGUGUCGGGCGCGGCACCCCUGGGAGCGGAGCUUGAGACCGCCUUCAGAGCGAAAUUCCCAACUGUGCAACUGGGGCAGGGCUACGGCAUGACAGAGGCCUCUCCCACCGUCACUGCCUCGCGCCUAUUCGCCCACGUGCCCCGCCCGCCUGCUCCCGGGUCGUGUGGGUCGGUUCUGCCGCUGACGGAAGUCAAGGUGGUGCACACGAGCACGGGGGAGUCGCUGCCGCCCAAUGAGAGAGGGGAGCUCUGGGUGCGAGGGCCACAGGUCAUGAAAGGCUAUCUGAACAAUCAUGAGGCGACCGCAGCCACGCUCACGCCUGACGGCUGGCUGCGCACUGGGGACGUGGCCUAUGUGGAUGGGGCGGGAGAGAUUUUCGUGGUGGACCGGGUCAAGGAGCUCAUCAAAGUCAAGGGCUUCCAGGUGCCUCCUGCGGAGCUGGAGGGUCUGCUGGUCGCCCAUCCUGACAUUGCCGAUGCUGCAGUUGUUCCCGCAACAAGUGAAGAGAGUGGGGAAGUGCCAGUGGCAUUUGUUGUGUUACGUCAAGGUGGUGCCAAGCUGUCCGUCAACGAAGUCAAGGAUUUUAUUAGCAAGCAGGUGGCGACAUACAAGAGGCUUCACGAUGUGAUAUUUGUGGAUGCAAUUCCGAAGACCGCUUCUGGCAAGGUGUUGCGCAAGGACCUGAAGGCACGACUAUGA